CACAGAAGGAGCACACAUGUCACGUCUACAUCUCCACCGCUCCUCCCUCCGUUCCUCCUCUCUCUCCUCUGUCCUUCUCCUAGUAUUCCUCUCCUCCAUGCUCCUCCUGUCCCUCCCCAGCCCGGCCUUGGCCGGUUCCACUCCUCUAUCAGAGGGGGGUAACAUAAAGGCUAACUGCACGGCUACAGGAGACCCCUGUCAGGAAGGGGUGGUACUGCCCGUCUGGAACCCACAGAACCCCUCUGUAGGAGACAAGGUAGCGCGGGCCAUUGUCUACUUUGUAGCGAUGAUCUAUAUGUUCCUGGGGAUGUCCAUCAUAGCUGAUAGAUUCAUGUCUUCUAUAGAGGUGAUAACCUCUCAGGAGAAGGAGAUCACCAUAAAGAAGUGGAACGGGGAGACGACCACAGCGACAGUGAGGAUCUGGAAUGAGACAGUGUCUAACCUCACUCUCAUGGCUCUGGGGUCGUCCGCUCCUGAGAUACUGCUCUCUGUUAUAGAGGUGUGUGGCCACGGCUUCGAGGCCGGUUCUCUGGGUCCCUCCACCAUCGUGGGCAGUGCUGCUUUUAACAUGUUCAUCAUCAUCGCCCUGUGUGUCUAUGUGGUUCCUGACGGCGAGACCAGGAAGAUUAAACAUCUGCGUGUGUUCUUCGUGACCGCGGCGUGGAGUGUGUUUGCAUAUAUCUGGCUGUAUCUUAUCCUGUGUGUGUUCUCUCCUGGAGAGGUGGAAGUCUGGGAGGCCGUGGUCACCUUUCUGUUCUUCCCCCUGUGCGUGGUCCAGGCGUGGGUGGCCGAUCGACGAUUGCUCUUCUACAAGUACGUCCGCAAGCGUUACCGUGCCGACAAGCACAGAGGCAUCAUCGUUGAGACGGAGGGAGGGAUGGAUGGAGGAGGAGGAGGAGGAGGAGGAGGAGGAGGGAUGUUGGGGCCGGGUGGGUUCACUAAGAUGGACAUGAUGGAGCUGGACGGACAGGUGGUGGAGGGAUGGAGGGAUGGAGGGAUGCUUGAGGACGGAGAAGUGAGGAGGAAUCUGGAGGACGUGGCCAGGAGAGAUAUGGCGAGGACGCUGAAGGAGCUGAAAGCCAGACACCCUGAUAGAGACACGGAGCAGCUUAUAGAGCUGGCCAACUAUCAGGUGUUGGUCCAGCAACAGAAGAGCCGAGCGUUCUACCGUAUCCAGGCAACCAGGAUGAUGAUCGGAGCAGGCAACAUCCUGAAGAAGCAUGCCGCUGACCAGGCUAGGAAGGUGGUGAGCAGCCAGGAGCCCCACCUGCAGGAAGAUGACCCCCACACGACCCGGAUGGAGUUUCAACCCUCCCACUACCAGUGCUUCGAGAACUGUGGCUCACUCAAACUGACCGUGGCCCGACAUGGCGGAGACCCUGGAGCUUCUGUUAAGGUGGACUACCGUACAGAAGAUGGUACAGCCAACGCCGGUUCAGACUAUGAAUUUGCUGAAGGGACCCUCCUCUUCAAACCGGGCGAGACCCUGAAAGAGAUAACUGUGGGCAUCAUAGACGAUGACAUCUUCGAAGAGGAUGAAUACUUCUACGUCCACCUCAGUAACCCUCGUGUGGUUGGCUACGACCCGUUAGAGACAAACUCUAACUCCUCCCCCAAGGCGGUGCUCGGUGACGGCCACACGGCGACGGUGACCAUCUACGACGACGAUCACGCGGGGAUAUUUUCGUUUGAGAUCGACGCCCUGCGGGUGAGCGAGAGCGUUGGGGUGAUGGAGGUCAAGGUUCAGAGGACGUCGGGGGCUCGGGGGCUGGUGGUGGUGCCUUACAGGACCGUAGACGGGACAGCCCGGGGUGGAGAGGAUUUCGAAGAGGUGUCUGGGAAUCUGGAGUUCCAGAACGACGAGACGAUGAAGAUAAUCGAGGUGAAGAUUAUUGAUGAUGAGCUUUAUGAGAAGAACAAGACCUUCACAAUGGAGCUGGGGGAACCACUACUUCUGGAUGCUGGCCAAAAACACGGCGACUCCAAUGAGAACAAGCCGACGGAUGACGAGGUGGCCAAGAUGGGCUGUCCCAGUCUGGGAGAAAACACACGGAUAGAGGUGGUCAUCGAGGAGUCUUACGAGUUCAAGAACACAGUAGAUAAGCUGAUCAAGAAGACUAAUCUAGCGUUGGUGGUGGGAAGCUGCAGCUGGAGGGAGCAGUUUGUCUCGGCCGUAACCGUCAGCGCAGGUGAUGAUGAUGAUGAGGAGAGUGGUGAAGAGCGUCUCCCAUCCUGUUUUGACUACAUCAUGCACUUUCUCACCGUCUUCUGGAAAGUUCUGUUUGCCUUUGUCCCUCCGACAGAGUACUGGAAUGGCUGGGCCUGCUUCAUCGUCUCCAUCAGUCUCAUCGGAGUUCUGACGGCCGUAACAGGAGACCUGGCCUCUGCCUUUGGCUGUACUGUGGGCCUGAAGGACUCUGUCACUGCCGUGGUGUUUGUAGCACUAGGGACCUCUGUACCAGACACCUUUGCCAGUAAGGUGGCCGCCAUCCAGGACCAGUACGCCGACGCUUCCAUCGGCAACGUAACCGGUAGCAACGCCGUGAACGUCUUCCUUGGGAUCGGAGUGGCGUGGACCAUCGCCGCCGUGUUCUGGCGCUCCAAAGGCCAGGUGUUUCGCGUCGACCCGGGCUCGCUGGCGUUCUCCGUCACGCUCUUCACCGUGAUGGCGUGCAUAUGCGUGAUGAUCCUCCUCUACCGACGGCGAGCGUCAGUGGCAGGCGGGGAGCUGGGAGGGCCGAGGACUACCAAGAUCAUCACGUCACUGGUCUUCUUAUUCAUGUGGCUGAUCUAUAUAUUACUGUCAUCACUGGAGGCAUACUGCCACAUGCCUGGGUUCUAGAGAGAGAGAGAGAGAGAGAUGGAGGGGUGAGUUGGGGGAGACAGAGAGGAGGAACAGACACAGGGAGGGAACAAAAGGAAACCCACUCGGCAAAAAAAACGGUUGAAUCAACAUUGUUUCCACGACAACAACAAAGAUUAAGCGUAACGACGUUUAAUCAAUGUGGGAAACUGAUUGGAUUUGCAACUUAAAUCCAAUGUCGUGGGGACAUUUUUUUGUUGAACUCAGCCAAAUGUAAAUGAAAAGUAGUUGAAUUGACGUCUGCGCCAGUGGGGAGGGAGGCAGAGUGGACAUGUUGGAAAGAGCUAACAUGGACAUGGGGAUGAGGGACAGACAGAAAGAUAAACCUACAGUGGAACAACUCUCCCUUUUCCAUCUAAAAAUAGAGUCAGUAUUCUCCCUUUCCCAUCUAACACUAGAGUCAGUACUCUCCCUUUCCCCAUCUAACACUAGAGUCAGUACUCUCCCUUUCCCCAUCUAACAAUAGAGUCAGUAUUCUCCCUUUCCCCAUCUAACACUAGAGUCAGUACUCUCCCUUUCCCCAUCUAACACUAGAGUCAGUACUCUCCCUUUCCCCAUCUAACAAUAGAGUCAGUAUUCUCCCUUUCCCCAUCUAACACUAGAGUCAGUACUCUCCCUUUCCCCAUCUAACACUAGAGUCAGUACCCCCCCUUUCCCAUCUAACACUAGAGUCAGUAUUCUCCCUUUCCCGAUCUAACACUAGAGUCAGUACUCUCCCUUUCCCCAUCUAACACUAGAGUCAGUACUCUCCCUUUCCCCAUCUAACACUAGAGUCAGUAUUCUCCCUUUCCCAUCUAACAAUAGAGUCAGUAUUCUCCCUUUACCCAUCUAACACUAGAGUCAGUAUUCUCCCUUUCCCAUCUAACAAUAGAGUCAGUACUCUCCCUUUCCCCAUCUAACAAUAGUCAGUAUUCUCCCUUUCCCCAUCUCAGUGAAAGCCUCUAAAAUCCCCUGCUGUCGUCCUACUUGUCCAACAGGUAGAGGUUAUAUCAGACACUUCAACCCUUUCUACCCCUCGCUUUACGACUCUCCUCCGUUUUCUCUUUCCCUCCCUCGCUCGCUCCGCCCAGCCUUAUUCUCCAAUAGACUGUAAACGUCUUAAUAUUGUCUUAAAGUGAUAGGCUAGUAGAGGACGUUAGACCACACCUCUUUCCCCGCCACCCUCGCUCCUGUUGAGCCAAUCCCAAGUCACCUUGAUCCCUAAGGAAGACCUUGCCCCUCCCACUUUUCGACGGCGUAGUGUGUAGAUGUUGUUAUUUUGCGAAAUUGUAAAGAAAAUAAUAAAAUAAUGAAAAUGAUGAUUAUAAUGAAGAAAUGGCACAGUAUGUUAAAAACAUUGGAAUUGAGAGAAGAUGAUUUUAAAAGACUAUAAUUGAUUAUGAAAGAACUGUACGUAAUGAUAAUUGGACUUUGCAAUAAAGAAAAUGUUGAAUAUGAAAUAUAUUAAAAUACUUAAAAAAUAUAUAUGCUAUUGUUGGAUAUAAAAGAAACAAUAUUAAACUAGCCUGUUAGUAGAAAAUGUGACCAACUAGCGCACCGACUAGUGACAUUUUGUCUUUUCAAAUAUUGCGUGGUAUUGAUUUUGAACCCAGGCUACCAAUAUCUACUAGUCCGGCUGACCAGUGCCAAAAAAUCCUUCAAUUCCACCCCUGGUUCCAACCAUUACGAUCAAGCAGGAAAUGACGUAAUGCCCAAACAGGAUAUCAGGUAACCGGAAACAGAAAGGAGCGUGGACCAAACUGACAAACUUAAUUUGGACCAAUGAAAUUUGAGGAUAAUCAUGACGAUGAUGAUGAUUGAUCUCUUGUUUCUAACUGUGUAUCGUAUAAGAGACAUUUCCGAUGUUUGUCUUAAAAACUAAACAAACAAAGAAACUAUGGGUUUUACUCUGGAUAUAGACAUGUAUAAGGCUGGUGUAAAGACUAUGGACCAUGCCCUCUUGGUUUCAGUCUCAAUGAGAGGAGACCAUAGAGUUGGAUAGAGGGUGCACAGGAAAAUAUAUAGUAGAUGAGCUCUCUAGUGCAACUCUAUGGAGCACACAGUUCUCUCCUUCCUCCCAAAGUGUGCACUUGUUGACUUUCCUUCACUGAUUUGAUAUAGGAAAUAUGGUAUGAAAUGCCUACACCGAUCCAAUGAUUUUAGAUUUUCGGAAGUAGAGAACGCGUGUACACUUCAGGAGGAAGGAUAUAUUAUUGAGAUGCACCCAUCCUCUAUCUGUUGUACAGCCAUUAAACUAAACCAACUAACCAA